UUAAUUUUUGUAUUCCGACUAAAGUUGUCAUGGGGCAGCAAACACUCAAACAAACAAUCCCAGUAGGUGGCUCACAUUUUUCAUCGGGUAUCGGGUAUGUUGAACUGGACAGCCUGGCUGCGGGCAAUGCAGCAAAAGGCAGCCACAAAGUUCCCCUUGCCAACGAGCCAAACGUGGUGCAGCGUAUCUAACAAGCUACGCAGCUACAACAAGCGCGAAGCGAGGAUCAGCGAGCAGACAAGUCAACAACUACACACAGAGGAAAACACAAAGCCGAAACAAAAAUCAACAGCCAAGUCUACAGCCAAGGCGAAGCCAUCGCCCAUCCUCGGUAUCUACAAAAACUCGAAGCCAAAGCCAUCGCGAUGGGGCUAUGGCUACAGUCUGGUUGUGGGCGGACUUUGUGCCUCCGUGAUGUGGGCCAUCUACGAGAUGGGCAAACCGGAGCAGGAUCAGCUGGGACGGAGCAUUGAGGAUGAGCUGAGCGGAUUGUCGCUGCCACAGCAGUACUUGCAACGCAUGUGGCACUCGCUGCAGUACUAUCAAAAGAUGCUCGAGGAGCCGCUGCCCAUUCGCCUACUACCUGACGUACUCCAGGCGCCUUAUGUCCAGCCACGCUACACGCUCGUCCUGGAGAUGAAGGAUGUGCUGGUGCAUCCCGAUUGGACUUAUCAGACGGGCUGGCGCUUCAAGAAGCGUCCGGGAGUCGAUCACUUUCUCAAGCAGUGCAGCAAGGACUUUGAGAUCGUUGUCUACACUUCGGAGCAGGGCAUGACUGCGUUUCCCAUUCUCGAUGCCCUCGAUCCGAAUGGCUAUAUUCGCUAUCGUCUAGUACGUGGCGCCACCCAAGUGAUCGAUGGUCAGCACAUCAAGAAUCUGAAUCGUCUCAAUCGCAAUCUACGGCGACUCAUCGUGGUUGACUGGGAUCGUCGCGCUGUGCCGCUGCAUCCCGAUAACAUUUUUGCCAUCUCUCGUUGGAUGGGCAACGACGACGAUGUGCAGCUCUUCGAUUUGGCCGCGUUUCUCAGCCUAAUUGCGGAGCAUCAGAUGGACGAUGUCAGAGAAGUGCUGCAUUAUUACAGUCAGUUUGAGGAUCCCAUCGAGCAGUUCAAAGAGAAUCAGCGUAAGUUGCUCGAACUGAAGCAGGAAAAGCCCGACAUCGAAGUGAAAGCUAAAAGUCGCUGAAAUGUAGAUAACAUUUUAUAUUUUGAUUUGUACUUGUAUUUGUUAGUCUUGCAUCUAUUUGAUUGUAGCUAUCUUAAAUUGCAUAUAGUCCGGAAAA